ACGCCGAGAGCCUCGCGACCGCAUUGUCUUGAAGCGGACAAAGAGCGAGGCACCCUCCGCGCGAGCCGCCUCAGCCAGGUGAGCCGAGCAGGUGUCAUGACAAACGACGUUACCCUCCGGAUGAAGCCGAUCUCCCCCGUUGGUUUACAUCGCUGCCUCCGACCGUGUCCGGCUGCUCUCACUUCUUCAUGUCGGAAAACAAAAUCCAGCUAGUGACCGUGCCGCCAGCUCGCGCACAGCUGACGACGUGUAAACAACGCUGGGCAGCCUUUGUUCCCUCGCGCUAGCCAGCCGGCUCGCUCGCGCCUUCAAAGCUCUCCAAAUCCCGUUUCCUAGCUUGCCUCGAGCUGCCGACCGUUAGCUAGCUGCCUUUUAGCCUCGACGUCUGUGCGUAAAUUUUUUUUUUUUUCUGGAUAAGCUAAGUUUAUUUGAUUUGAUUUUUUUCUUUCUUACUGGCUGCAUGAGAUGUCAUUCACGAUGGAGGAUAGUUUGGAAGCUGGCUGGGUGUCUGUGCGACCCAACGUUUUCGACGAAAAAGAAAAGCAUAAAUUUGUAUUCAUCGUGGCCUGGAACGAGAUUGAGGGAAAGUUCGCCAUAACCUGCCACAACAGGACCAUACAGAGACGAAGCACUUUUCGGGACUCACUUUUCGACUGUAACCCUAACGUUACACCUCCUGUCUCCGGUGCCUCCGUGGCAGAAAAACACGCACAGAAAACUCCGAGUAAAAGGAAAGAUGAAAUCUGCCCAGCCGGUAAAGUUAGACCAAACUCUGCCACAAAGAGUCUCGUUGGAGAGAAGAAAACGUUUACAACCGGUAGUUCAAGGACAUCUGAAUGCGUCAGCCUCACAUUAGGGUCGUGGGAUAUUGUGACACCCAAAGUAACAGACAUCGAGGUCUUGGAUCCGGUGGAUCUCCUGGGGACGCCGCUUUCUCCGGAUGAUGGAGACCCGGGGGAAAGUGAGAGCAGUGGCCGUGAGGACUACAGCUGGGCCGGCUUGUUCUCAUUCCAGGAUAUGAGAGCGGCCCACCUCCAGCUUUGUGCUGUCAACUCCGACCUGGAGCCGUGUUUACCUCCGUUCCCCGAGGAGCAGUCUGGCAUGUGGACGGUGCUUUUCGGUGCCCCUGAGGUCUCGCAGCGGGAGACGGAUGCCUUGUGCUACCAGCUGCAGGUGUACCUGGGUCAUGCCCUUGACACCUGCGGAUGGAAGAUUCUCUCACAGGUGCUUUUCUCCGAGAGCGACGACACGGACGAGUAUUAUGAGAACCUGAGUGAGCUGAGACGAAAGGGCUACGAGGAUGCGCUGGAGAGGGCCAAAACACGUCUCCAAGAGGUGUUGGAGAAACACCGUGCCAUGGACAGCAUGGUGGAGCUGCUGCAGGUGUACCCUGAGGAGGACGAGGCCUACGGAGAGCUGCUUGAGGCCACCACACAACUUUAUCACUACCUGCUUCAGCCUUUCAGGGACAUGAGGGAACUGGCUAUGUUACGCAGGCAGCAGAUCAAGAUCUCAUUGGAGACGGAACGCCUGGGUCCUCGUCGAGUGGAGGGCCUGAGGAAAGAGGAUGAGGAGUGGCAGAGGAAGGCUCAUGCUGCCGUGCUGUCCAUACAGGACCUGACUGUCAAGUUCUUUGAAACAACGACUCGAGCACAGAAAGCGGUUUAUGAGCGAAUGCGUGUUGACCAGAAGAAGUUUGGCAAGUCAGCCUGGGCAGCAGCAGUUGAACGCAUGGAGCGCCUGCAGUAUGCCGUUUCCAAAGAGACACUGCAGCUGAUGAGGGCCAAGGAAAUCUGCUUAGAACAGAAGAAACAUAGCUUGAAGGAGGAGAUGCAGAGUCUGCAAGGUGGGGAGGAUGCCAUGCUGCGUCUGGACCAGUUGGAGGCGCUGUACUAUGAGUUGCAGCUGCAGCUUUAUGAUAUUCAGGCAGAGGUGCUGCGCUGUGAGGAGCUGCUGCUGACUGCCCAGCUGCAGAGUCUGCGAAGGCAGAUGACAGAGCGACAGGAUGAGGUGGUGUACUAUGAUGCCUACGAGAGCCCCGAUGCCAUGCAGGGUGUGGAGGACCCUGCAACCCUGCCAGCCCCCCUCAGAGAUGAAGAGCUCAGUGUCCUACAGCAGAGGACACGGCAGCUAGAAGCCCGCAGGGGCCGAAUCACUGCCAAGAAAGCCUACCUCAAAAAUAAGAAGGAGAUUUGUAUUGUCAAUCACAAUCAGAAGGUACAACAAUGCCAAGGUAGCCAUGAGGACAGCAGUCCUCUUCAAGCACUGCAACAGAGAGGAGAAGCUGAAGAAGAUGAGGAGCUGAAGAGAAAUGCCAGAGUGAGUCAGGAGAGACAGAAAACUCUGGACAGACUCCGUAGCCUCAGACAGCGUUAUCCAGGCCAGGUGACUCUGAAGUCUAGCAGAUUGCAUCUGAGUCAGACUCACAGCCGGAGGAGAGCAGGGGCUUUGCUGUCACCAGGCAGGCGACCAGAGCAGCCCAGCACCCAGGCAGCCAGUGUUCAGACUGACAACAUCUUAGAUAUGCCAGAACUGUCUGCACCGCCAUCUGAUGCCUGUGACCGUGACAGUGUGUCUUUACCAUCAGUUGGACCAGCUCCUCUUGAAAGUCUUGACGCUUUGCCUCCCCUCACCUCUUUGCCUCCCUUCUCCACUUUGCCUCACUCUGCUUCGCCAUCUAUUCUCUCAUUGGCCCCUCCCCCUCCUCCGCCCCCACCUCCUCCUCCACCUCCACCCCUUCCUCCAUCAGAGGACCUGCAGGAUGAGAAAAAGGAGAAAGAUCCCCCUGGCUCCCCAGUGCGGCACCAUAAAUGCGAGUCUGAAUCUCUUCCGCUACCCCUGGCCCCCUUUUCUCCUCGCUUCUUCGACAGCAGCCAACUGCUGUCAGCGAGGAAGAAGCUGCGAAAGACCGCGUCUCUGGACUCUUCGCAGUGGAGAAGAGCGAGCUCCCCGAUGGAUGAGGUGCUUGCCUCUCUGAAACGGGGCAGCUUUCACCUAAGGAAGGCUGAACUUCGGGUUCUGGCCCCCGACCCAGAUGGCGACGACAGCAACAACAUCCUGGCUCAGAUCCGGCAAGGCGUCCGGCUGAGGAAAGUAAGGACCCGGCCGGAACAGCAGCGCAACGCCAAGGGUUUCCUGCACUCUGCUGAUGCUCUGACCCGUAGCAUCCACGAGGCCCUGAGGAGAAUCAAAGAGGCUUCACCGGAGUCUGAGUCUGAGGAUGAAGGCCUUCCAUGCACUGACUGGGAAAACUAGUUUGGCUCAUUUAAGAAUAUGUUUGGGAAACAUAGAUUCACUUGCACCAGACCUCAGUAGCGUGCUCUUCAUGGACCUAUCAAGCCAAGAGAAAAUGAAGGCCCAAUCCGAUGGACAAAAACCUUGUAUUAAAUCAACUUGAUACCUUGGUGCAAUUUGAACAAGAAUCCUUGAUUUUAUAACAUCAGAAAACAGACCAGAAGUACAUUUUUCAUAGUUCUAUAUGUCAUUUGUAAAGACGGACCACUAAUGUUUGACUUUACUCUGUUAUUACUGUGGCAUCCUCGGCUUGGAUACAGCCAUCACCUCUAACCUCUCAUUAUGUCACUCUACAAGUCUGAGAGUUAUACUGUAGCUUGCUGUGAUGGGUUUGUUUUUAGUUUGAGAGGACUGAGUGAUUUUGUUUUUACAUUCCCCGCCCUGACAUUAGCACACCAAACCUCAAGACUCAGGCUGCCUCUGACUGCUUGUGCUGCAUACAUUGAAGUGUUUAACCAUAUAAUACCAUACAUUUCAGAUCACAGAAAUGUAUGAAAUGUAUGCACAACAGGACAAUUGCCAUAUCCUGAAUUUAAUACAUAAGUAGGGGUGGAACUUUUGACGACAUUCACGGUUUGGCUACGUACGUUGGUUUUAGGGUUCACAGUUCGAUAUAUUGGUAAAACUUUUUCAGGAUAGUCCCCUGUAGAUAUUCAAACAGAAUGUCAAUUGAUGUCAAGGUUACAUGUCAACAAGACAUGCCCACCAGCAGGCUUUACAUAAUCCCUCACCUAACCAUAACUCUAACCUUAACUAUGUGAUAUAUCUUGCUUAUAACUCCUGUGGGUUUCCUAAGAACACAGCGGGUAUCCAACAGUUAUGUCAACUAGGCCUCGCUGUUUGUUAAAAUUCAGCAAACACAUACACAGAAUGUCACUACAUUGUUGAGGAAUUAUUUUAUGGCUGACAUUCUCCUGAUCUCUUGUUCAUAAACAGCUUCUGUAUCAAUUGACAUUCUGUUGAAUAUAGGGAACUUUUUUUAAAAAAAGUUUCUUUGGUGGAAACAAUGACAUUUGAAACUAUGUCUAUGUUCAUGUUAUAGUAUAUAGUCUAUGUUAUAGUUAUGAGAUGUUCAGUUGUAUUCAGGUGAAAAAAAUUCAUGGACAUUAGCGCAGACGCACUGCUUACCUGCACAACCCGCGUAUCAGAGAGCCCACACGGGAUCAAGUUGGAGCCCCUCGGCUCUUUGUUUGAAAGAAAUCUGUUUGAAGAGCUUUCAAGGAUUCGAGGUGGCACUUAUGUAAAAGCCUUUGAAGAAUUUGUGAAUCAAUGAAGAGAGCUAGUAUUUAGCCUAGCUGCUGGCCGCACCCACAACAUUAAUCGAUUUUAACAUUAAGCAAGUAAGAACUAUCUUAUUAAAGCCACUGCUGACAGAACUGCUAUUUCCAGUGAUGUAUGACGGUAAACUUAAAUGGCCGAUGCUGGACCGGCACAGCCAAAAUACUGACUCCUAUACAGAGAUCAGCCUUAACUACUGUCCGCUGUCCUGAGGUCUAAAAUAAUUAUUCAUGGUUAAACUGAAUGUUAUCUGUUGACUUGCCUGGACAUUGACUAUCUAUAGUAUCCACACAUAUACGCUUUUCUGUGAUUAUCUUUCUGAUUUGGCUAAUUUUGCCAUCACACUGUUUUAAAUGGAGUAAUGAGGUCAGUAUUGAAAUGUUUAGAUAGGAUUCACUUGAUGAAUUAUGGGCUCCAUUCUUGUGACUGUCAUCCCCCCUUCAGUGCUUGUAGCAUAUUCUAUUUGUAUCCAAUAUUCCUACAAAUUACCAACCAGGGAUCAGUUCAUAAUGAAUGGAAAAACAUAGGACGCUAGUAAAUGCUUAUAAAUAGCGAGUAAUCCACGAUGAAGUACACUUUUAGUGAAAAUAUUGUCAUCAUAUUUAGUGUAACUCAGUGCAUUAUCAAGGCUUUACUACUUACAUCUUAAAAUCUCUAACCAUAAGUGGGCAAUUAUAAAAGCGGAUUUAUCACUGCUGAAGGCCAGCUUCAGCCUAUUUCCAAUAUUUGUUUAAAUGUAGGAAUUAAAUGUAUGAUAUCCCCGCAGUUUUAGCAUAUUGUUUUACUCUACAUUAUUCCUACAAUAUUUUAAAUUCAGUACACUGAAGGCUAUUGGCAGGGUCGAUUGCUGUGGUGUUCACACAACUGAAGAGGUCAAAGUUUGAUCGAGUUAAAUCGAGGUCAACUUGCAGUUUUU